AUGUGUAAAGAGACUGUAAAAGAUGUGGGUGGAGUGGGGAGGCCAGUCAGCGGCUGUGGUUGGCCCACGGUGCGAGGGAAAAAUUCGAUGUAUUACCUAACGCCGCGUCUUGGCAUGGGCACCAUGGAUGUUCAACAUGACAGCGACGACGGUGAAGGCGAUGCACAAUUCGCACAGAGCCACCAUGGGCGCAUACAACGUGUCAUGUGGAUGUGGGCGACGAUGCAGGUGUGCGUGAUGUGCUGGGAGCAGCUGCAGGCUACCAAUAUGUAUGGGAAAGGUGAGUUUGGCGGGUGGAGACGUUCCCCGACGUCGAGCCACGAUGGUGCAGACGAUGCAGACGGUGCAGACGAUGCAUCCGCUGGCAGCGAGCUGAGGCGUAGCCGGGGCCCGAGGUCGCGACACUUCGGCGAGACUGAAAUCAGCGGCAAGAUGAGCAUAGGGGUGAGGAUGGCAUGUCAGCAGCGAAGGGCGUGCGUGCAAUUGAUUAAUGGCAAAUGGGCAAGUUGCCGGGUGUCGAGGUCAUCAGUCAUCAUGGUCAUCAUGGUCACGGGACUCAGCCGGAGUUUGCUCGCUCUCGCUUGUUUGUUGACGUCUUUUGAGCCGGCAGGCACGCCAGGCCAGACUGGCAGGCACGCUCGCUGGGUUCACCGGCGAUCUCGUGAGCGGCAGGCCGUGCGCGCCUGCCUCCUGACCCAAAAAUUACACUCAGAUGCAGGGAUGCGCUUGCCGCAAGCGUCUAGCCCGGGUACGGAAAAAUCCCUGCUCGUGCCACUACCGAUGAAAUCAUGCAAAGCUCCCAAGAGGCAACCCAGUCAGGGAAUUUCUCUCAUGUAA